AAGACACAACCGCCCUUCAGUCAAAUCUGUAUUGUAACACAUUUGGCGCAGGAAUAAUCCAACUACAGUUCAUUUCCCAUGUGAAGUAUGUGACCUGUGUCUGUGCACUUUCCUGCUCAGUUACUCAUUAAGGCUCAGCCAAACAAUCUCGUCUGUUUACCGACCUCCGGGCUGCCUUAUCGAUGAUGUCAUCAUCUGGACAGAUGCUGAGGUUUUUGGCAGCACGUUUACACUAAAAAUGGGAGCGUCAUUCAUGUUAUAGUCGACCGAGGAAACAUAACGCACCUUUUUUAUAUGACUCCCAUGUGACACAUUAUGAUUGGAUAUUUGUGCAAGCUCUUGGACUUUUUUUUUUAUCUUAUUUCCUCUCGUGACACCUAAAGUAAGUUUGUGGUAACUUAUUAAGAGGAUCCUAUCGUCCUACAUUUAUGUCUUUAUGAUCACACUUUACUGUCUCAUGGCUUGAGAGCGAUGGAUUUUUUUUUCUUUACAUAAUACUUACUCGCAGCAAUGGUGGCUGCAGUGCAGCUGUGCAAAUACAAGAUUGAACACCUUGACGGGCAGCUUUCUUGGACCGUUUUCUUCCUAUACAUGCUGAUGCUGGACCGGGGGGAAGGAACGCUUCUCGAGAAUGCCCCAGGCAGCACAGAAGAAAAAGAAGAACAAGCAAGCGGCUCCGGACCGAAGCGUCCAAGUGGUGGCAAAAAGGCAAAAGAAAGGAGGGGAAAAAGCAGAGGAAACUAAGGUCGUGUUUGAGGGUCUGUGGUCCUUAAGUGGAGAGGACGUCGUGGGAGGACCACAACCACCCUGCAGAGCUCGCUCUUCCCCGGAUGGUGACCUCCUCGUCUCCUGCCUCGGAUGCUGGACCCCAGUGGUCGUCAUGGAAACGCUCCCCUUGGCCUCGUCCAACCAGUCGACGGCCUCCAUCCCCAUCUUCAACGCCAGCUGCCGCUUUGACGAGGAGUUCAAAUACAUCCUCCUCCCCGUCUCCUACGGCCUGGUGUUCGUGCUGGGCUUCCUCCUCAACGCCACCGCCUUGUGGACCUUCGCCAAGAUGCGCCCGUGGAACCCCAGCGUGGUCUUCAUGUUCCACCUGGCGCUCACCGACUUCCUGUACGUGCUGUCGUUGCCCACGCUCAUCUACUACUACGCCAACCGCAGCCACUGGCCCUUCGGCGUGGCGGCGUGCAAAAUAGUGCGCUUCCUCUUCUACGCCAACCUGUACUGCAGCAUCCUGCUGCUCACCUGCAUCAGCGCGCACCGCUACCUGGGCAUCUGCCACCCCAUCAAGGCGCUCACCUUGGUCAAGUCGCGCCAUGCUCAUAUGGCGUGCGGCGCCGUGUGGGCCGUGGUGGCCGUCUGCCUGGUGCCCAACCUUGUCUUCGUCACCACCUCCCGGCGGGACAACGACACCAUCUGCCACGACACCACCAGCCAGGACUCCUUCGAGGAGUACGUGGACUACAGCUCCGUCGUCAUGGCGCUGCUCUUCGGCGUCCCCUUCCUGGUCAUCGUGGCAUGCUACUGCCUGAUGGCACGGGCCUUGUGCCGACCCAGACAGGGUCUGGCGGGCGCCGCCUCCCGCCAGAAAUCCAUCAAGCUCAUCAUCGUGGUCUUGGUGGUGUUCGCCGUCAGCUUUGUCCCCUUCCACAUCACGCGCACCCUCUACUACACCGCCCGGGUUCUAGACCUGGACUGCAGAGUCCUCAACAUUGUCAACUUCACCUACAAGAUCACCCGGCCGCUCGCCAGCGUCAACAGCUGCAUCGACCCCGUUCUGUACCUCCUGGCCGGCGACCACUACCGCUCCAAGCUGGUCUACGCCCUGACGGGACGGAGGCAGGCCACCAGGAGUCAAGCGCCCUCUGAGGCUCCGCCCAACAGGAAGUCAAACCUGGCUCUGGUCUACAAGAACCUGAACAGCAGUAGCCCAAAAUAGACAGAAUAUCAAACUAAACAUUAAGCUGGUCUACACCCUGACGAGAAGGAGGCAGGCCACCAGGAGUCAAGCGCCCUCUGAGGCUUCGCCCAAUAGGAACUCAAACGCGGCUCUGGUCUACAAGAACCUGAACAGCAAUAGCCCAAAGAUAGACAGAGGAAUCUCAAACUAAACACUAAGCUGGUCUACACCCUGAUGGGACAGAGGCAGGCCACCAGGAGCCAAGCGCCCUCUGAGGCUCCGCCAAACAGGAACUCAAACCUGGCUCUGGUCUACAAGAACCUAAACAGCCGUAGCCCAAAGAUAGACAGAGGAAUCUCAAACUAAACAUUAAGCUGGUCUACGCCCUGACGGGAAGGAGGCAGGCCGCCAGGAGUCAAGCGCCCUCUGAGGCUCCGCCCAAUAGGAACUCAAACGCGGCUCUGGUCUACAAGAACCUGAACAGCAAUAGCCCAAAGAUAGACAGAGGAAUCUCAAACUAAACACUAAGCUGGUCUACACCCUGAUGGGACAGAGGCAGGCCACCAGGAGUCAAGCGCCCUCUGAGGCCCCGCCAAACAGGAACUCAAACCUGGCUCUGGUCUACAAGAACCUAAACAGCCGUAGCCCAAAGAUAGACAGAGGAAUCUCAAACUAAACAUUAAGCUGGUCUACGCCCUGACGGGAAGGAGGCAGGCCGCCAGGAGUCAAGCGCCCUCUGAGGCUCCGCCCAACAGGAACUCAAACCUGGCUCUGGUCUACAAGAACCUGAACAGCAGCAGCCCAAAGAUAGACCGAGGAAUCUCAAACUAAACACUAAGCUGGUCUACGCCCUGAUGGGACAGAGGCAGGCCACCAGGAGUCAAGCGCCCUCUGAGGCUCCGCCCAACAGGAACUCAAACCUGGCUCUGGUCUUCAAGAACCUGAAGAGCCGUAGCCCAAAGAUAGACAGAGGAAUCUCAAACUAAACAUUAAGCUGGUCUACGCCCUGACGGGAAGGAGGCAGGCCGCCAGGAGUCAAGCGCCCUCUGAGGCUCCGCCCAACAGGAACUCAAACCUGGCUCUAGUCUACAAGAACCUGAACAGCAGCAGCCCAAAGAUAGACCGAGGAAUCUCAAACUAAACAUUAAGCUGGUCUACGCCCUGACGGGAAGGAGGCAGGCCACCAGGAGGUGCCCUCGGAGGCUCCGCCCAACAGGAACUCAAAACUGGCUCUGGUCUACAAGAACCUGAACAGCAGCAGCCCAAAGAUAGACCGAGGAAUCUCAAACUAAACACUAAGCUGGUCUACGCCCUGAUGGGACAGAGGCAGGCCACCAGGAGUCAAGCGCCCUCUGAGGCUCCGCCCAACAGGAACUCAAACCUGGCUCUGGUCUACAAGAACCUGAAGAGCCGUAGCCCAAAGAUAGACCGAGGAAUCUCAAACUAAACAUUAAGCUGGUCUACGCCCUGACGGGAAGGAGGCAGGCCACCAGGAGUCAAGUGCCCUCUGAGGCUCCUCCAACAGGAACUCAAACCUGGCUCUGGUCUACAAGAACCUGAACAGUAGUAGCCCAAAGAUAGACCGAGGAAUCUCAAACUAAACACUAAGCUGGUCUACACCCUGAUGGGACAGAGGCAGGCCACCAGGAGUCAAGCGCCCUCUGAGGCUCCGCCAAACAGGAACUCAAACCUGGCUCUGGUCUACAAGAACCUAAACAGCCGUAGCCCAAAGAUAGACAGAGGAAUCUCAAACUAAACAUUAAGCUGGUCUACGCCCUGACGGGAAGGAGGCAGGCCACCAGGAGUCAAGCGCCCUCUGAGGCUCCGCCCAACAGGAACUCAAACCUGGCUCUGGUCUACAAGAACCUGAACAGCAGCAGCCCAAAGAUAGACAGAGGAAUCUCAAACUAAACAUUAAGCUGGUCUACGCCCUGACGGGAAGGAGGCAGGCCACCAGGAGUCAAGUGCCCUGUGAGGCUCCGCCCAACAGGAACUCAAACCUGGCUCUGGUCUACAAGAACCUGAACAGUAGUAGCCCAAAGAUAGACCGAAGAAUCUCAAACUAAACAUUAAGCUGGUCUGCGCCCUGACGGGAAGGAGGCAGGCCACCAGGAGUCAAGUGCCCUGUGAGGCUCCGCCCAACAGGAACUCAAAACUGGCUCUGGUCUACAAGAACCUGAACAGCAGCAGCCCAAAGAUAGACCGAGGAAUCUCAAACUAAACAUUAAGCUGGUCUGCGCCCUGACGGGAAGGAGGCAGGCCACCAGGAGUCAAGUGCCCUGUGAGGCUCCGCCCAAAAGGAACUCAAACCUGGCUCUGGUCUACAAGAACCUGAACAGUAGUAGCCCAAAGAUUACCGAAGAAUCUCAAACUAAACAUUAAGCUGGUAUACGCCCUGACGGGAAGGAGGCAGGCCACCAGGAGUCAAGUGCCCUCUGAGGCUCCUCCAACAGGAACUCAAACCUGGCUCUGGUCUACAAGAACCUGAACAGUAGUAGCCCAAAGAUAGACCGGGGAAUCUCAAACUAAACAUUAAGCUGGUCUACGCCCUAACGGGAAGGAGGCAGGCCGCCAGGAGUCAAGCGCCCUCUGAGGCUCCGCCCAACAGGAACUCAAACCUGGCUCUGGUCUACAAGAACCUGAACAGCAGCAGCCCAAAGUUGGACCAAGGAAUCUCAAGCUAAACUCUAAGCUGGUCUACGCCCUGACAGGACUGAGGCAGGCCACCGGGAGUCAAGCGCCCUCUGAGGCUCCGCCCAACAGGAACUCAAACCUGGCUCUGGUCUACAAGUACCUGAACAGCAGCAGCCCAAAGAUAGACCGAGGAAUCUCAAACUAAAUACCAAGCAGAUUUUGGUAUUUGCACUGACUACUCAUGCAAGUCUUGUGACCUUGUUAGAGACACUGGCUGCCCAUUUAGAUACACUGGUGUCCAAAGUCUUUGGCCUUAUCUACACUGCAGGUCAAUUCCCCUUUUUUUUGUCCCUUAUACUGCGACCAUUACCGGAUUUUUUCAUGUCCAUUCCAAAUGUUUGUAUCCGACCCAGGUAUGUGGAAAUAAAUCGGAUACAUAUAUAAUGCGUCCUGGAUGUGAACGCUCCCGCGCUCAGAUCGCAUUCAUCUGAACAGAACGCAGGGCUCGAACAGAUGCUGGAUUUUCUACUUUGCACCUAUAACAAUCAGGAUGGUUCUUUUCCUUCUUGGUCCGGAUGACAUGACGUCCACAUUUUCCAAAAACAAUUUGAAAUGUGGACUCGUCAGACCACAUAACACUUUUCCACUUUGCAUCAGUCCAUCUUAGAUGAGCUCGGGCCCAGCGAAGCCAGCGGCGUUUCUGGGUGUUGUUAAUAAAUGGCUUUCACUUUGCAUAGUAGAGUUUUAACUUGCACUUACAGAUGUAGCGACCAACUAUAGUUACUGACAGUGGUUUUCUGAAGUGUUCCUGAGCCCAUGUGGUGAUAUCCUUUACACACUGAUAUCGCUUUUUGAUGCAAUACUGCCUGAGGGAUCGAAGGUCCGUAAUAUCAUUGCUUACAUGCAGUGAUUUCCCCAGAUUCUGUGAACCUUUUGAUGAUUUUACGGACCGUAGAUGGUGAUAUCCCUAAAUUCCUUGCAAUAGCUGGUUGAGAAAUGUUGUUCUUAAACUGUUGGACAAUUUGCUCAGGCAUUUGUUGACAAAGUGGUGACCCUCGCCCCAUCCUUGUUUGUGAAUGACUGAGCAUUUCAUGGAAGCUGAUUUUAUACCCAAUCAUGGCACCCACCUGUUCCCAAUUAGCCUGUUCACCUGUGGGAUGUUCCAAAUAAGUGUUUGAUGAGCACUCCUCAACUUUCUCAGUCUUUUUUGCCACUUUUGCCAGGUU